AUGGGUUUACUUGAUAAUUUUAAAGCAUUUGUUCAUUCAAUAACUACGGAUGAUCAUUAUGCAUCUUAUGAUUCACCAUUUAAAUCAAAAAAAAAUGAUCCAACUUCAUUAAAUGAUCAAUCAAAUAAUCCAUAUCCAAAUGAAUCAAGUUUAAAUUUAAAUUCUGAUAUUAAUAUGUCAACUCAAUCAUUACAUAAUCAAGAAUCAAGUGGAGGAUUUUAUAGACCAGGAAUGAGAUCAUCACAAAGUAAAUUAAAUGUAAAUGUUCAACAACAAGAUGUUCCAUUACAAAAUUUUGAUUCAAAUGGAUUACCACCAUUACCAUCUAUUGAUUCUUUAUGGGAUAGAAUAGAAUCAUGGAUAGAAGAAGAAUAUCCAGAAUUAGAAGAUAAUUUAAAUGAUGGAGUUACAACAGCAGAUUUGAAUGAAUUUUUACAAGAUUUAAAAUGUGGUUCAACAAAACUACCUGAUGAAUUUAGACAAUUUUAUAAAAGACAUGAUGGACAAUUAAGAGGUGGGAAACCUACGGGUUUAAUUAUGGGUUUAGUAUUAUUGGAUUUGGAACUGAUUGUUGAAGAAAAUAUCUUAUGGAAUAAAGUUGCAGAAAGAAUUGAAAGACAAUAUUAUAUGAUGCAACAUCAACAACAACAACAAGAUGAUAAUAAUAUAAAAGAAGGAAGUAGUAGUAGUAAUAGUCAUCACCAAAUACAACAACAGAAGAAUUCAUUUAUAACAAAUCAAAGAUCAAUUCCACCAAAUUCAAUUCAACCAUAUUACUAUCACAAAAGUUGGAUUAUAUUGUUAAAAGAUAAUAUUGGGAAUCAAAUAGCAAUGGAUUUAAAUCCAGGACCAAAUGGUAAUUGGGGACAAAUUAUAUUAUUUGGUAGAGAUUUUGAUACAAAAUUAGUUAUUGCUUCAAAUUUACAAGAAUUUAUUUUUGAUUUUGUAAGUGAUUUAGAACAAGGUAAUUUCUUAAUAGAUUCAAGUGAAUUCCAAGAACAAUUAGGCUAUUUAUCACAUGAUAGAGAUGGUGACUAUGUUAUUGGAGAUGAAGAUGAAAAUCAAGGUGAAUUAAAUUUCUUUGAUAAAGAUGGUAAAGAAUUUGGUAAAAAUAAUAUAAGAGGUAGAACUAAUUACAUUGAAAUAUUAAAGAAAAGAGCAUUGAAAAAAUAUGGAUUAACUGAAAAUUUCCAAACUACAUAUCAAGUUCCAAAAAUAAUCAAUUCCAAAAAGAAUAAUUCAUCAAUAAUAAAUUCAGGUAGAAAUAGUCCUUAUCAAUCAAAAAAUAAUUCAACAACUAGUGUAAAUGCUAGCUCAUCAAAUUUAAACAAUAAUGGUAAAAAUAAACCAAGUAUUUCAAGUCCUUUAAUUAAUGUUGAUAAUAAUUCUACUUUUUCAAUCCCAAAAGAAACUAUAAUUGAUAAAAAUAAAGAAAAAGUAGAGACAGUAUCGAAAGUAAAAGAUGACAAAAAAGAGGAACUCACGAAUGAUAUAGCUGCAGCAAAAUUAAAUGAUAAUUUGGAAGAAUUAAAAAUUGAUGAAGAUGAAAAAGCUGCUGAACCAGUCAAAGUUGCAGAAGAACCAAAAAUUGAAGUAGAAAAAAACACUCCAAAAGAAGAAGAACCAAAAGUAGAAGAAAAUAGUGAGGUAAAAGUUGACGACAAAGAAGAAGAAGAAAAAGAAGAAAAAGAAGCGGAAGGAGAAUUAGAAGAUUCAACAACCACUGACAAUAAACCAUUAACAAAAUCUCAAAAAAAGAAUCAGAAAAAGAAAGCCAAAAAACAACAACAACAAUUAGAAGAAAAUUGA